AUGGUUAACAUUGAAGUGCUUUCAUUGAGCGUUAACCGCGUCGAAACGCUGCAGCCUCUACGCAACUGUACCCGAUUAGUGGAAUUAUAUUUAAGGAAGAACAAUAUCGAAAGCCUGACCGAGCUCGAGUAUUUGAAGGACCUACGCAAUCUUCGAGUGUUGUGGAUCGACGAAAACCCGUGCACCCGAUCGGGCGACUAUCGCCACCGCGUGCUGCGAAUACUCCCUCAGCUGACGAAACUCGACGACAAGCCGGUGACUCUGGACGACCUCAUGGAAGCGCAGCAGGACGAUUCAGCUCCCGAAUGCGAUAUGCACGCCAGCAUGAUCAGCCUGCCCAGCGCACGGAGCUCGAGAGCGGGCAGCAGCGUCACCCUGCACGAUCCCAUGACCCAAUCGCUCUAUGGACGAGCGAUCGUGGACACAGUGAUGCAAGCCGCAAAUGGUCAGCUACGGCGACGCGUCGGACGAGGAACGUCUUCCCCCGCCGCGAGACCCGCAUCGAUCUAUGAGCCGGCGACCGAGGACCGAGACGAGGAGUGGGGCGACUUCAGCCUUGAAGAAGACAGCCGGCCCGUGUCGAUGGACGCGAUCGCCAGCCGAAUGUGCAUGUCGAUGCACGAAGCCCGGCAGCGUCCUCACAGCAGUUCGUACAGUCGAAGUGUCAGCGCCCCACGAAGACGUCUUCAUCUUCGGAAAGAGUCAUCACAAAGCCCAGCUCGGGACAUCCGUACGGAAAAAAUCAUGUCGGCAGUGUCUGUUCUGCUGGACGAGUUGGACGCCGACGGAUUGCGCACCGUCAUCGAACAGGCUCAGGAUCGCAUGAAGAAACGGUGG